AUGAAAUCCUUCCGGAAGAGGUACGAGUUACUGUUCGGCAUGAUCCGGAAUAACACGAGUCAGAUGCAAUACUUUCAGGCUGUGUAUGUGACCGCACUCCUGCCGUACGUCCUCCUCCUCUCCAUCUUCAUCACAGUAAUGCAAGAGCCAGGUGCUCUAGAUGGCCUGUACCACUACGCCAUCCCUGACUUUAACAAACUACUUGACGUCCAGGUGUGGCUGGAAGCAUGUUUGCAAGUGUUCUAUUCACUGGGUGUUGGUUGUGGGAUGAUUGGCACUGCUGCCAGCUACAACAACUUCCAUGAACCAUGUCUCAGAGAUUGCCUCAUAUUGACAGUAGUCUCGGAAGGAACCAGUAUCUUCUCUGGCCUCGUGACAUUUGCUACCCUCGGGUUUAUGGCACAGAAAGUGGAUGUUUCCAUCGAAACUGUUGUGUCAAAUGGUCCAGGUUUGGGAUUUGUAACCUAUCCAGCAGCUCUGGCCAAACUUCCACUUCCUCAGCUGUGGUCAUUCCUGUUCUUUCUGAUGUUGUUGAUGGUUGGACUGGACACACAGUUCCUGGGAAUUGAAGUCGUGAUUACUGCUCUUAUUGAUCAGUAUCCGCAUCAGUUAGGGAAGAGGAGGAUGGUGGUUACAGGAGGAUACUGUCUGAUGGUGUUUCUUCUGGGAAUCAUGUUCUGCACACAGGGAGGGCCGUACAUGUUUCAGCUGGUAGACUGGUAUGUAUUCUCCCUUGGACCAAUGGUGAUAUGUACACUUGAGAGUAUCGCCGUGUCAUGGAUCUAUGGUGUGUAUGACAAUAACAAAUCUGUAUGUAAAAGUUCUGUUGCAAAUUUAAAUAAUCGGCUUCUUGUCCUUAUUCGUUAUUAUUCAUGA